AUUGGGCGGCGCCGCAGUUCACCACGAGUUCUCAUUAGACUGUAGACGUGAUUUUUACCGCCUGCUGCUGGCAGCACCGCGUUAAACACAACACACCCGUGUGUUUGUACGAGUUUCGGAGACAUUACGAGCGGAGCUGUGACUUUCAGACAGUUUCUCUCAGGACCAUGUCUUCUACCGUGACCCUGACGGACAUGAGGCGGAAUGUGGAGCAGCUGAGACUGCAAGCCGGUGUGCAGAGAAUAAAGGUGUCUCAGGCCGCAGCCGAGCUACAACAAUACUGCCUUCAAAAUGCCCCAAAAGAUGCCCUCCUGGUCGGCGUGCCAACAGGCAGCAACCCUUUCCGAGAACCGCGCUCAUGUUCUAUCUUUUAAGCAGAAGAGAUCGUGUUGGCGGAUUCCUGGAUACAUCAUGGUGAAACGACGCAGCGCAAAAUUCUAUUCCGUUUCUAAACCAGCCUUGUCUGUAUAUUAACGGAUUAUUGCAUCACAUAUUUAGAGCGUGUUGGUAAAAAUUUUACAGUACCACAACACGAAUAAUCUGGCACUUAUACCCGAAUACUAAUGAUGAUUUAAUUCAUGUAACGAAUCACAAAAUGAAGAGCUAAUCUUAACGACAACGUGAGAGUUGGUACACACACCGGUUAUUUCCUUUACUGUCUGCGUGCUCAGGGUUCCUCAGGAAGGCUGAACGGUUUAAAACGAUGCACGUUUAAUUCAUAUCCCAUAUACUUUCCUAUAGAGUGUGUUUGAUUUAGUUUUUAUGCACACGUGUAAUGUAAAGUUAUGUUGUGUGUGACAUUUAAAACCUCCAGGACUGUCAUGGAACUUUCCUGAAUUGUGCCAAAUGCAAAUGUUAGUUCACAUAAAUCUUUUUUGUUUAUAAAAAAAAAACAAAACAAUUUUGAUAUUUUGGACUUUUGUGGUUCUGUUAAAAAAAUUUUUUUAUUAUUAUUAUUUAAUUAAGUAGUCAUUUCUGAACGUUCCUAGAGAGAGAGCAUAAUACCGCCUUGGUGCCUUAUAAGACCAAUGUUCUGCGAUCGAGAGCUAUUCAAGAUUUGUCAUGUAUGAUUUGCGUAUAAAUGCACUAAAGGAAUCUAAUAUGAAUAA